UCAAUAAAAUUAAAAAAAUCUGCCAAUCUGUUAAAAAUUUAAAAUUUAAUAAUCUUUGUUUUAUUCAAAUUUCAAGUGUUCUAAUUAUCAAACGACUGUUUUAAAUCUUAAUCAAAAGUAAAAUAUCACAAGAAACUAAGAAAAUCGCUUUUUGAGUUUCAAAACAAAAGUCUAUCAUUACUUUCAACCCAAUUGGGAAUGAUUCAAAUUCUAUGGAUGAAUGCAAAUCGUUUAAAAAAGAAUAUGACAAGUGUUUUAAUAUUUGGUUCAGGGAUAAAUUUCUUAAAGGAAGUAAUGAUGACUCUGUAUGUUCAGAGCUUUUGAAGAAUUAUACAGGAUGCGUCAAGAAAGCGAUGAAAGAAAAAGACAUUAUUAUUGAUGACGACUUCAGACGAUAUCAUCCAAAAAUUAGUCCCAAUUACGAGCCGUCUAAAAACAAAUAAAGUGUGGAGUUCAGUGUGUGGUGAAGAAGAGUUCAAAGAACCAUUUAUUUUUUAUUCAACCAUUGUACCAAUGAUUUAAAAUGAACUAAAAUACAUUAUAUUAAGGCAUGACUGUAUAUGUCUGCAUCCUA